AAAGGUUGUUUAAUGAUCGUUGACUGGUUUUCUACAGACAUUUGGUGAGAAGUUGCUGGGCGUAUUCUCCUGGGUGAUGCCCAUCUCUGUAGCUCUGUCUACAUUCGGAGGAAUCAACGGCUAUCUCUUCACUUCAUCCAGGUUGUGUUUCUCUGGAGCCAGAGAGGGUCACCUGCCUUACCUGUUGGCCAUGAUCCACCUGAAAAACUGCACCCCUAUUCCCGCUCUGCUAGUCUGUUGCGGAGCCACCAUUGUGAUCCUGUGUAUCGGAGAGACUCACAACCUGAUCAACUAUGUGUCGUUUAUUAACUUCCUGUCCUAUGGAGUGACCAUCGCUGGCCUGCUGUACUAUCGCUGGAAGAGACCCAACCUAUAG